AUGAGAUACUUUAAUGUUCAAACUGAAGGAUUGGUUCGACAUCUUCAAAAUGAUCAUUCUUUAUGUUGGCCUGAAGUUUGCUGGAUUAAAGAAAAUCCUGAAUUAGCUUUACAACAGCCAACUUUGGAAAAUUAUUCAAUAAAUCAAAUAAAUGAAUUUCAAAAAAUGAUCAAAACUAUUUUUCACUUACCAGCUGGACAAGAACGUUUGCUAAAAAAUAGUUUUUAUCCAUCUUUUGGAGACCUAAUUAAAGAUUUUGAAGUAAUUAAUAAAUGCCAAGAAUGCUAUAGAUUUGAAAAAAAACACACUAAAGGACUUUGCAAUUUAUGCAAUCUAUAUAUUAAUAUUGGACUUCAAAACCGAAUUAUUAAUCAUAACUACCAGUAUCAACUUACUUGUAAUCUAAAUGAAUCACUUUCACUUCAAGAAAAUUUUAUGGAUAAAAUUAAACUUGCAGCAAAAAAUAUCUAUGGAUUCAAAAUAUUAAAAGUAGAACAAGAAUUAGUUAUAAACCACUAUGCAAUAAAUCAAAAAGAUACUUUUUUUUUAAUGCGUACAGGUGGUGGAAAAUCAUUAUGCUUUAUAUUGCCAGCAAUAUUAUUCGAUGGAUUAACUAUCGUAAUCAGUUCAUUAACAGCUCUAAUGAAAGACCAAGUGGCAAAAUUAACUAUAUUAGAAAUUCCAAGUGCUGCCUUAUAUACAUCGAGUUUUGAAACAAAAAUACGUGAAGAGAAAAUUUUUGAAGAAGUUGCAAUGGGAUUUUUAAAAAUCCUAUAUGUAACUCCUGAAAAAAUUGAAAAAAAUACCCAAUUCAAAAUAUUUUUAAAUUGUCUAUAUGAUCAAAGAAAAUUACGUUUAGUUAUUGAUGAAGCUCACUAUGCAUGGAGUAAACUAGGUUCACUUAAAUUAAAAUAUCCUGAAGUACCUUUAUUACUGUUAACUGCUACAGCAUCAUCCACAAAUAUUGAAACUAUUCGAGAAAAUCUAAAUAUUAAAAAUGAAAAUUUUGAAAUUGUAAGAGGUAUAAAUAUGGUACGCCAUGAAAUUUCAUAUCAAGUAAUUAAUAAGAAAGACAAAAAAGACACU